GCACGCAGUGAGCUCAAAGCUGGUCUACGGGGGUCCCGCCUCCUCGACUAGGGGGAGGGGGGCUCCCCCGAGCGCAUCCCAUAAAGGGCAGGGCGGGCUGCCGAGGCGCUCGCAUUCAAGGCGAACAGCCGAGGCGCUCGCGAAGCCGGCACCCGCCUCGUUUGCUUCCCUCAGCGGACUCCCGAGAGUUCACUUGACGAGGCGAGCCCGGCGGCACCCCUUCCCGCCUCAAGAGUCGUCCCGAGAGGUGCGCCGGAGCUUCGAAGCUGCUGCUGAGGCGCUUGGACUGCCCGAGUCCACGCCCGCCUUCGGGGCGCGCCUUCGCUUGCCCUCCCCUCGGUCCCUUCUCUCCUCCACAAGUUACCUCAGCACAGCAUGGAGAGGGCUGCAGCACGCCUGGCGCUGAGCGCGCUGUUGCUCUGCCUGGCCGCUCGGGGCAGCCCGCGGCAGCCCGACGAGGAGGAGAAGGCGCUAGUGAUGCCCGUGAGGCUGGAUUUCGCCGGGCAGCAGCAGCAGCGCUUCUACCGCCUGGACGCCUUUGGCGAGCGCCUCAGCUUGGAGCUGCAGCCCGACAGCAGCUUUUUGGCGCCGGACCUGACGCUGCAGUACGUGGGCAGCCGGCCCCGGAGCGAAGAGGAAGAGGCUUCCGAGCAGCCCGGCGCCUUAGCCGGCUGCUUCUACUCCGGCACUGUCAACGGCGACGCGCACUCCGCCGCCGCCCUCAGCCUGUGCGGAGGGCUCCGCGGGGCUUUCUACCUGCGCGGCGUCGAGUACCUCAUUCAACCGGCCAAUGCCUCCCUCCCGCAAGGAAGAGCCGAGCCACUUCGGCUGCACGUCCUGCGGCGCCGGCUGCGGAGGAGCCCCCGGCAAGACGGCGGAGCGAAGUGCGGAGUGACGGACUCCGAUUUCCCCUCGGCUGCGGAAGGGCAGCCGCAGCAGCAUGGGGAGAAAGAGGCGGCGGUUGCAGCAGGAGCAGCAGCAACGGAACACGCGGCUCACGCAGGACAUAGAAGUACAAGGAAGAAAAGAUUUGUGUCAAGCCAUCGCUAUGUGGAAACCUUGCUUGUAGCUGACCAAUCUAUGGCAGAGUUCCAUGGCAAUGGGCUGAAACAUUAUCUUCUGACACUCCUGUCUGUGGCUGCCAAAUUGUAUAAACAUCCCAGCAUCCGGAACUCUGUCAGUCUGGUGGUAGUGAAAAUAAUGGUCAUCUAUGAGGAGCAGAAGGGGCCUGAUGUGUCCUCAAACGCUGCGCUUACCUUAAAAAAUUUCUGCAACUGGCAAAAGCAACACAAUCCUCCUAGUGACCGGCAUCCUGAGCAUUAUGACACUGCAAUUCUUUUCACUAGACAGGAUCUCUGUGGUGCCAAGACAUGCGAUACACUUGGGAUGGCUGAUGUGGGAACUGCUUGUGAUCCAAACCGCAGUUGCUCUGUCAUAGAAGAUGAUGGCUUGCAAGCUGCUUUUACCGCCACUCAUGAAUUAGGCCAUGUGUUCAGUAUGCCCCAUGACGAUGCAAAGCAAUGUGCUGGUAUUAAUGGUAUAAGCAGGGACUCCCAUAUGAUGGCAUCUAUGCUUUCCAACUUGGAUCGAAGCCAGCCGUGGUCUCCGUGCAGUGCUUAUAUGAUUACUACAUUUUUGGAUAAUGGCCAUGGCGAAUGCUUGCUGGACAAGCCGCACAAGCCUAUCCAACUCCCUUCUGAUCUGCCUGGCAGACAGUAUGAUGUGAAUAGGCAGUGCCAGUUCACAUUUGGAGAAGAUUCCAAACACUGUCCUGAUGUAGCCAGCACAUGUACAACUUUGUGGUGUACUGGCAUGUCUGGUGGAUUGCUUGUGUGCCAAACCAAACAUUUCCCUUGGGCAGACGGCACCACUUGUGGAGAGGGAAAGUGGUGCAUGAAUGGCAAGUGCAUUGAGAAGACAGACAGGAAGCAUUAUGAUACCCCUCUUCAUGGUGCCUGGGGAUCAUGGAGCUCCUGGGGAGAGUGUUCCAGGACGUGCGGUGGUGGAGUGCAGUACUCUGUGCGAGAGUGCGACAACCCAGUUCCCAAGAACGGCGGGAAAUACUGUGAGGGAAAGCGGGUGCAGUACCGGUCGUGCAACAUUGAAGACUGUCCAGACAACAAUGGCAAAACCUUCAGGGAGGAACAGUGUGAGACUCACAAUGACAUUUCCAAGUCUCCUUUUGGAACUGGGCCUGUUGUGGAAUGGACACCCAAGUUUGCUGGAGUCACUCCCAAAGACAGAUGCAAGCUUACCUGCCUUGCAAAAGGCACUGGCUAUUUCUUUGUCCUUCAGCCAAAGGUGGUGGAUGGAACCUUGUGUAGCCCAGAGUCCACUUCAGUCUGUGUCCAGGGGCAAUGUGUAAAAGCUGGCUGUGAUCGCAUCAUAGGCUCCAGUAAGAAGUUUGAUAAAUGUGGCGUCUGUGGAGGAAAUGGAUCUACUUGCAAGAAAGUGUCUGGAACACUUUCUAGUUCCAGACCUGGUUAUCAUGAUGUUGUUGUGAUCCCUGCUGGGGCAACGAACAUAGAAGUUAAACAACGGAAUCACAGAGGUAUCAGGCAGGACGGCAGCUUCCUUGCUAUUAAAGCUGCAGACGGCACCUACAUUCUCAAUGGUGACUAUACACUAUCAACUGUGGAGCAAGACAUCACCCAUAAAGGCAGUGUGUUGACAUACAGUGGCUCCUCAGCUCCUCUGGAAAGAAUCCGCAGCUUCAGCCCACUGAAGGAACCUUUAACAAUACAGGUCCUUACUGUGGGUGAUUCGUUUCGACUUAAGAUCAAAUACACCUAUUUUGUGAAGAAAGCAGGUUCCGAGAAACCUCCCAGCAAAAAGACUGAUUCUUUCAAUGCAAUUCAGGAGACGAUCUUAUCUGAAUGGAUUUUUGAAGAAUGGGGAGAAUGUUCUAAGUCCUGCGGUACUGGUUGGCAGAGGAGAUCUGUAGAGUGCAGAGACCUUAAUGGACAGCCUGCCACAGACUGUGCAAAAGAACUCAAGCCAAGCGAUGUCCGGCCGUGUGCAGACACACCAUGCCCACAGUGGCAGCUGGGAGGCUGGUCACCGUGCUCUAAGACAUGCGGGAAAGGCUUCAAAAAGAGAUUGUUAAGAUGCAUGUCCUUUGGUGGUGCCACAUUGUCCAACGAAAGCUGUGACAUUUCAAAGAAACCUAAACAUUUAAUAGACUUCUGCAAUGUUACAAACUGCAGCUAAACCUUAACAGGUUGGGGGAAGCUAAAGUUGAUUGUUUUCUUUUCCCCUUCAGACCAAAGCACUGAAAAUGAACUAUUGAGAGGUAGCAAUUGUAAUUCGCAUGGAAAAUUCACAGGGAAUCCACUGAGAUGGAACAGUGCAAAUAAUGUUAGAUAGUAUACUGAAAUGUAAAAAAAAAAAACAUGUCAACUGAAAAUCUGGAAGAAGAAAAAUCUUAGUUGCUAGCUGUUUCAUCUUCAGCAGGUAAAAUUC